AGACUAAACUUGCCAAUGGCACUUCCAGCAUGAUCGUGCCCAAGCAAAGGAAGCUAUCUGCAAACUACGAGAAGGAGAAGGAACUUUGUGUAAAGUACUUUGAGCAGUGGUCUGAAUGCGACCAGGUAGAAUUUGUUGAGCAUCUCAUCUCCCGGAUGUGCCACUACCAACAUGGACAUAUAAAUACUUACCUUAAACCAAUGUUGCAAAGGGACUUUAUCACUGCACUGCCAGCACGUGGACUGGAUCACAUAGCGGAAAAUAUUUUGUCCUACCUGGAUGCAAGAUCACUGUGUUCAGCAGAGCUGGUGUGCAAGGAGUGGUACCGAGUGACCUCAGAUGGCAUGUUGUGGAAGAAGCUCAUAGAGAGGAUGGUCAGGACAGACUCAUUGUGGAGAGGGCUGGCAGAGAGGAGAGGAUGGGGACAGUAUCUAUUUAAGAACAAGCCUCCAGAUGGAAAAACCCCACCUAAUUCUUUCUACAGGGCACUUUAUCCUAAAAUCAUCCAAGAUAUAGAGACGAUAGAGUCGAAUUGGCGAUGUGGACGGCACAGUUUACAGAGAAUUCACUGUCGGAGUGAAACAAGCAAAGGUGUAUACUGUUUACAGUAUGAUGACCAGAAGAUAGUGAGUGGCCUCAGAGAUAAUACCAUCAAGAUAUGGGAUAAAAAUACUUUGGAAUGCAAACGAGUGCUGACGGGACAUACAGGGUCUGUUCUGUGUCUACAGUAUGAUGAGCGAGUUAUCAUUACUGGCUCUUCUGACUCCACAGUCAGGGUUUGGGAUGUAAACACAGGAGAGAUGCUGAAUACAUUAAUUCAUCACUGCGAGGCUGUGCUGCAUUUGCGGUUUAAUAACGGUAUGAUGGUCACCUGCUCAAAGGAUCGCUCCAUUGCAGUAUGGGACAUGGCCUCUGCAACAGAUAUCACUUUGCGAAGGGUUCUAGUGGGCCAUAGGGCUGCAGUGAAUGUGGUGGACUUUGAUGACAAGUACAUUGUCUCUGCCUCCGGUGACCGAACUAUUAAAGUAUGGAACACGAGUACAUGUGAAUUUGUGCGUACAUUAAAUGGGCACAAACGUGGCAUUGCCUGUCUACAGUAUCGGGACAGACUAGUGGUCAGUGGCUCUUCAGAUAAUACCAUAAGGCUAUGGGAUAUUGAGUGUGGAGCAUGUUUACGAGUUCUGGAGGGACACGAAGAACUGGUACGAUGCAUCCGUUUUGACAACAAGAGAAUAGUCAGUGGAGCAUACGACGGGAAAAUUAAAGUAUGGGACCUUGUGGCUGCUUUAGAUCCUCGUGCUCCCGCAGGGACACUUUGUCUGCGGACACUUGUGGAACAUUCAGGAAGAGUUUUCCGACUACAGUUUGAUGAAUUCCAGAUAGUCAGCAGUUCUCACGAUGACACUAUUCUCAUCUGGGAUUUUCUAAAUGACCCAGCGGCACAUGCGGAGUCCACCCGUUCACCCUCUAGAACAUACACCUACAUCUCCAGAUAA